AUCCAUUUCUAAAAUGAGAACUAUGAAAAGCUUAUUUUACUUACGUUGGCUAACCUAAAUUUUAGAAGUAUUUCAGUGAGCACCGGUAACGCAUCCCCCUGUCGCAAAAUGUUCCCAGGUCGGGUUCUUAUCGGAUUCCCGAUAUUCGAGGGCAAUACGCGGCUACAGCAGAGGCGCCGAAUGUCGGAGCACAGGCUCCCCUUCCAUCGCAGACCAGUGCCCGUGAAGCUUCAGGAGCGCAAGAGUUCAACGACCGAUCUGAAGAGGCCGCCCUUCCUACUGGUCAAGAGCUUCCUGAACCUGCGCCACAUGGACGCCGACUACGGGAAGGAUAUCACGCGAGUUACGGACGAGCUAAGUUUCCAGCCGCACCGCACCCUCUUCAUCAAUAUCCUGCGGAUGCCGCAUCGUCAGUUUUCGGACUCGGAACGAUUUGCGGACACGAUGGAGUCCAAUCCGCUAGCUUUGGACUCGGGUUCGAAGCCGUGAGAGGG